AUUGACAGAGGUUUUACUGUAGAUCAAUUAUUUAUUAUCCACCUGUGAAUUAUCUGGUAGAGAAUAGAAAGGAAGGAGUAAUUGUAAAUUGUGAUCAGGUGUCAUAAUUUUUUUCACAACAAAAAUAUCUUAUGUUCGUUUGAAUGCUGACACAAGCAGUAGUAGUAGUGGAGAAUUUCGUCGACAAGGUUCACUACGACGUGUUUUACCACCAGAACCUAAUGUUGAGCCUAAUAUGUUAGUACAUGACAUUGAAACUGAUAAACUAUGUAAAAUAUUCCAACAGGAAUAUAUUAUAUUAGCCGAAUAUAAAAUGCUGCAAACUGAAAAUAUACAAGGCAUUUAUGUUAUUCCGUCCUAUAAAAGUUCCUUUUUAUGGUUUGGAGUUAUUUUUGUAAGAAGCGGUAUAUAUGAAGAUGGCAUUUUUCGAUUUACUAUUACAUUACCUGAUACUUUUCCUGACAGUGGAUUUCCACGUGUCGAUUUCCAAAGCAAAGUAUUCCAUCCACUAAUAAAUAAUGAAACGGGUGAAUUGAAUAUUUGUGGUGGUUUCCCAGAAUGGCGUAAAGGUGAAGAACAUAUAUGGCAAUUAUUACAAUACAUAGUGUAUAUAUUCUUGAAUUUAGAUCAUUCUGUAAAACAUUGUAUAAACAUUGAAGCAAAAGACAUGUACUUAAAUAAUCGAGAUGAAUUUGUACAAAGAGUUAAAGACAAUAUUGAUGCGAGUGUAAAACAAGUAUACGAUGUACCACCUUUACCCGAUAAACAUUAUAUACAAUUUAGUCAAUAUGAUCAUGUCAAACAUGAUCCUGUACGAUUAGCUAUAUUAGAACCGACACCAGCUGAAAAUAAUCGAUCAACUGGUUACUCUUGGGUUGAACCUGGUACUUUUAAACCAUUAAGUAAAACGUGCAAUCAAUCAAGCCAAGAUCAAGAUUCAUAACAUUUUUAUAUACAAUUUGGUGGAGUGAGUACCUGGAAGUUUUGACCUCGGAUUUCCGUAAUAGUGAAUGAAUUUGUAUGGUCGAAGUGGGAUUGUGUGUUUAAUAGCAUAAAUUGCGAAGUUUACCUCUUUUUUUGUGCUCCUAAUUUUUCUAUUAAAAAAAAAAUUAUAUAUUUGAGCAUAUAAUUAUAUUUAAAAUAGUAUAGUAUAUAUGAAAUAUAUAGCAAGGUAAGAAAUAUCAAGCGGGAAGUUUUUAUAGCGUACUCAGGACGUACAAAGUGAGUUUGAGUUCGUAAAUGGGAAGCAUCAGUCAAUCUUAUAUGGGGAUCUCUUAAACCGUUAGAGAUAUAAUAAAAGUUUGAAUGUUAAAAAUGUUUCUUUAAAAAAAUAUACCACUGUUUACCCGUG